AUAACAUCUAUGUGAAUAUAUUCAAAAAUGCCGUCCCCAAAUCAGUCGCAAAUUUCAACGAUUCUUGCUGAAUUAGGAUGGAAUGAAGCACACACCAUUCCCGUCGCAAAUGAAGAAAACCAAAAGCUCAUAAUAAAGCUUGAAGAAUUACAAAAUCAAUUAUUUCAACGAAAUAAUCAAUUAGAUAUUGAACAAUCUAAAGUGAAACAAUUAAAAAAUCAUAUGAAAAAUGUCCAACAAGAAAUAGCCUAUACUAAUACAUUAUGUAAUUUACGUGAUAAAGAAAUUAAUGAAGAAUUACAUCAAAUUAAAUUAAUUGAACGUGAAUAUGAACGGUUAAUACAAGAGAAUAAAAAAAUUUCACAAAUCAAUAAUGAUAUAAUUGAAAAGAAAAGUUUUUUAGAGACUUUAUUUUAUCAAAAAAGGAAAGAAUUAGAAAAUUCUUCAGCACAUGUUGAUUCUGAUAAAACAUCAUUAGAAAAUCUAAUGAAAACGAUUGGUGAACAUGAUGAAGAUAUGAAAAUAAUUGAAAAAUAUAUCAAGCAAGAUAAUACGAAGAUUAAAGAACUUGAUUUAGAAUUGGAAAAAUUGACGAAUAAACGAAAUGAAUUAAAAUCUAAAUUAGAUACAACUUAUACAAAUAGAUUAGUUGAUCAAGUUAAAUUUGAUAGUUUAAGUAAAGAGAUCAAAGAAGCAUAUGCUCAAAGAGAUAGUUUAAUAAAACAAUGGGAAAAUGUAAUUAAUCAAAUGAGACAACGUGAUAUUCAAUUAGAUCAGUUUUCUCAGCGGCUUAAUCAAAUUAAAGUUCAAGUUUAUGAACAAAAACAAUUAAAUAAAGAGAAAUUAAAUUUUCUUCAUUUACAAAUAGAAAAUAAUUCCGAUGUUCAACAUCAUUUAAAUGAAAUCAUUAAGAAUAUAACACAAUGUAAAGAAGAUUUACAGAAUACAGAAAUGAAAAGACAAGAUUUUCAUAGUGAGUUAGAAGCAUUAAAACGUACUGUGGAUAAAGCUGUAAUUGACUUAGAAGCAGCUAGAGUAUUGAAUUCACAAUUAAAAAAAGAAAAAGAAAAGAAAUUACAAAAUCUUGAAAAACUUAAAGAAUCUAUUGAGAAUUCAAUGAAACAAUUAUCUUAUGUCACUGAAUGUAAAUUAACCAUUGAACAAUAUGCUAAUGAAGCUGAUAAACAAUUAUCAUUACAAGAAUUCAAUCAUGAAUUAUAUUGUAAACAAUUAAAUAAAUUACGAGAUGAUAAAUUUAAAGUUAAUCAGAAAUAUGAAGAACUUAUUCAUGAAGAGAAAUUAUUAAAACAAUCCAUAUCAGGCAAUGAAACAACGAAAAGAAAUUUAAUGAUGAAAAUUGAAAUGUUAGAUGCACAAUUAUUAAAACAACAAGAAGUUUUAUAUCGUCAGGAUUUUACUAUACAAAGUUUAGAAAGACGUAUUGGUAAAAUGACCGGUGAACAAAAUGUUGAACAAUGUGAAUUUAUGGAAAAUAAAAUUAAUGAAUUAACAAACGAAUUAAAUGAACGAAAUAAUACAGUGAAUUUAUUAACAAAUCAAUUAAGAAAUCUUAGUAGAGAACUACAUCGAAUUAAACGUGAACAUGAAUUAUUAUAUAAUAAAAAUGAUUUACUUAAUAAUCAAUUAAAUACAAAUGAAUUAGAAAUGGAUAUUAUGUUAAAAGAAAAAGAAAAAGAAACUUGUAAUUUACAAAAACUUUUAAUAGAAAAAAAUCUUAAAAAAUUACAAGUGAAUAAAUUAACAAAAAUAUAUGAACAAUAUACAAAUAAGAGAUAUGAUUUACAAAAAGCUAGUUGUGAGCUAAAUUCAACUAUUAAAGAACGUACAGAACAAAUUAAUUUACAUCAAAUAAUGUUAAAUAAACAAAUUAAAAUUAAUACAACGGAAAAUAGUCAAUUAAAUAUUGAAAUACAAGAACGUAAAUCAAAAGUGGAUAAAUUAAUUAAACGUUAUGAAAUAAUCACAGCAUUAAUGGCACCACCAGAAGGUGAAGAAACAAGAAAUCAAACAUAUUACAUAAUAAAAGCUGCUCAAGAUAAAGAAUUAUUACAACGUAAAGGUGAUACAUUAGAUAAUGAGAUACGUAUAUUAGAACAAGAGAUUGUAGCACUUGAAAAUACAUUAGCCUUAAUGAAUGGUUGUAAUACAGUUUAUCGUAUGAGUUUAUCACAAUUACCGAAUGAUGCAGAAGAAAUAAAACAACAAACAGAAUUAAAUGAACAAAUACGUGUAUUGAAUAUUAAAUCACGUUAUGAUCAGUCACGUUUAAAAGAACUACAAGAUUUAUAUAAUACAAUGCAAGAAUCAUCAAUUCGUUUAGAUAAUGAUAUAGAAUUAUAUAAAGAUCAAACAAAACGUUUAGAAAUAGAAGUAGAACAUAGAAUGAAUGAAAUUGAAAAACAAAAUACACGUUUAAAACGAGCAUAUGAAAGAAUGGAAAAAGCUAAACGUCUUGUUAAAAAAGAUGAUCAAGAAAAUAUAGGACCAGAUAUUGAAGCUCGAUUAACUAAAGAAUUAGUUACUCAUACAACUAAUGAAUUAUUAAAUCGUAUUAAAGGUGAUUUAACAAUUUAUGAACAAGCACGAGUAAUGUUAUCUACAUCUGGUAUACCUGUAAACAAUUUAGCUAUUAGUGGAAUACAACAACGACGUAUUAGUAACUUAAGUUCAUCAACAAAAUCAUUAAUAAGUAGUAGUAGAACAACACCUACACCAAUAGGUUCUAAUCCAACAUCUCCGGAUAGUAGUACAAAGUGUUCAUCGAAACUAUGUUCACCACGAAGUGAGUCAAUUUGUGAUGAUGACGAUAAUGAUGAUGGUGAUGGUGGUGGUUGUGGUGGUAAUGAUAAAUGUGACAAUGUACAGAUUUCAUCAAGAACAAGUAAAAGAAACUCAUCAAAUGAUAUACGAUUUACCGCUAUACAAUCAAGAAAACUAUUGAGACCAAUUAGUACUACAUCAAUUGAUUUAUUACAACAAACACAAUUACCUGAUUCAUCUACAUCAAGAUCAUCUAGAAAUUCUACUGAUCAAGUAUCGAAAACCAAAUUAUCAUCUGAAAGAAGCAAUAGUGGAAAGUAAAUGAAAUAAAUGAAAAAGAAAUAAAUGAUGUUGCUAUGGUUACUAAGACCGUUGAUUUAAUGUUACUUUAUUGAUUUCUAUGUUAAAUAAAUUGAUAUGAAUUAUUCUAA